AUGUCGAUGUCCAAGAGCUCGAAGAUGCUCCAGUACAUCAACUACCGGAUGCGCGUGACGAUCCAGGACGGCCGCCAGCUGAUCGGCAAAUUCAUGGCCUUCGAUCGCCACAUGAACCUCGUCCUCGGCGACUGCGAGGAGUUCCGCAAGCUGCCGCCGGCCAAGGGCUCCAAGGAAGAACGCGAGGACCGCCGCACCCUCGGUCUCGUCCUCCUCAGGGGCGAGGAGGUGAUCUCGCUUACCGUUGAGGGCCCCCCGCCCCCCGACGACGGCCGCCUCAAGACGGCCUCGGCCAGCGCCAUCCCCGGGCCGGGAAUCGGCCGCGCGGCGGGCAGGGGGGUCGUCGCUGGCCCAAUCACCGCGCAGCCCGGGCUCGCAGGGCCCGUACGUGGCGUAGGUGGGCCAGCUCCGUCCAUGAUGCAGCCCCAGUUCUCUCGGCCUCCCCAGAUAUCGGUACCCCCCAUGGCCUACCCUCAGCAGCCGCCCGUGGUCAGGCCGCCGCCGCCGGCGGUGGCUCCACCUCCGGGAGGGUUCCCGCCUAGGCCUGGGAUGACGAUGCCUCAUCCACCACAGUUCAGGCCAGGUAUGCCGCCGCCAGGUGGGUUUGGUCCUCCUCCUCCAGGUCAGUUUGCCCAGAGGCCUCCGAUGGGGCCGCCAGGUCAGAUGAUGAGGGGGCCGCCACUGCCAGGUGGGCCACCUAGGCCUGGAAUGGCCCCACCUUUGCAGCAGCCACCUAGGCCGGGUAUGCCGCCACCACCACCAGGUGGACAAGCUCAAAUGUUUGGUCCGCCUAGGCCGGGAAUGCCACCCAAUCCACCUCAGAAUUGA